CUUUUUCGAAAUACGUUUGGAACAUGGAUCUCAAAGCUUAUCAGCUACAAUGAUCACGUUUUAUACUAAAUCUGGUAAAAGUACAGUGUACUCUACUGGCGGAUAAAUGCAGGUGUGUCUCUUACUAGUGGGGAUUUUGUCACUAUGGAAUCCCGUUUACCCCGCAACCGUACAAAGAGGGACUACACAUCACGUGACUACUAAAGUAACAACUACUCAUCGCCCUACACGUGAGCCGGGUGAAUUUGUUAAUAACCAAUACAUGUACGACAGAUACUCACAUUUCCUGUGCGACUCGCACUAUUCCAGAUACCUUCACUAUUGCAUGUGCUACCAUAUACCUUACGAACAGCGAGAUGACAUCCACGACCCUGUAACACUCCUUAAAAUAGAGAGGCGCAUGUUCGAGUUGUACCAGGUAGGCCAUUAUAAAACGAUGAACAUGACGGAGUUGAAGUAUUACAGCGAUCGGUGCUACCGAAUGUGUACCCACACCAAUUAUAACCCCGGAGACAACACCACUUUAUUUAUGAUCUACGAUGAUCCUCGUAUGUCUUAAAGACUGUUUUAAUGAUCAAUAAAUUACUAAAAUCAA